AUGUCGUCCUUGCGUUACCAUCCGGGUAAGGAGAUGAUUCGCAUUGAGGGCUGCCACAUGUUUAUGAUAAACAGUUGCGGGAAGGUGGGAGCCUUUGAAGGUUAUCAGAUGCUGGCAAUAGUCGUGCCGGAGUGGCUCUCAACCCAGGGUCCUAAGUGCGCCUACCUGAAAAUCUGCCAGUGGCUUUACCCCCUGGACCGUUCCUAUUCUUCCAUCUAUUGUUGGAGGGACAGGAUGAUCAUUCUCGAGCCCUUUUCACACAUUUUGCAUCCCCGCUACAUUGUCAUUCGCUUGCCGUACCCGCUGACUGAAGAUCAAGCGUCAACUCUGUGGAACCUUCUUGACAUGAAUGCUCAGGUUCUGGGGAAAUUCUGCUAUACAUCCGAAAACAUGUUAAAUGAAUUCCAAAAUAUGAAGCUGGAUUCAAUUGAUGAGUGUGAACUGCACAACGCUCCCUCGAACGCAAACGCUAGCGAUUUAAAAGUGUUAAAGCCUCAAAACAAGGGAAAGAAAAAGAAGAAGAAAAAGGAAGAGAAGGCGAUAACAGCUAGAGACAUCUGUGAAAUCUCGGAGCCGCCGCCACAGCCCGAUAACGAAGGUAAGCAGAUAUACGUGACUGGUCCAAGAGAUGAGAGGUACAUCAAAGUCAUCACCACGCCCGCACCUGUCAGCAUCUCCUAUCAAGUAUUCCUCGCUGUUCAUAUAGUAUACAAGGAAUUAGUUAAAAAGAGAUCAAAAAAGGAGGAAGAAGGGAUACCCUCUCUAUUCGGCUUUAGAAAGGCGAUGGAUUUAAAAGCCUGUAAAUUAGCUGAGCUAUCUAAGUUACCACAAAUCCAUCAAGCGAGGAAUCUUGCAAGUACAGCGGCGCACUUUGAUGGGAGGCUGAAUAAAACAAGGUUCAUAAUGGUGCGACCCGAUCCGGACGAGGAGAGGGCGAAAAGACUGAACCCUUGUAAAAUAAAGGGCCCGUUGACAUCGCAACCAAUCACUCCCAGUCGCGGCUGCUGCCUACCGCUAUUUGACACACUAAUGAUACUAACGCCGUAUAAUUACCCCGAUCACGCCUAUCCUUCCACAGCGAACUCUAAAAGAGUGUUGGAAGACUGUGAGCACCACUACCCCAAGGAGAGACCCGCCAAUCCCAAUCCCGAUCCCACUGGUUAA